AUGUUCAACGGCUCUCAAGUGUGUACACGAUGCUGGCUGUCCAGAAUGGUAAAGAGUCGUGAGAAAGUAUGCCCCAUUAAUGGUUGUACCACUCCCAAACGAAAGUUGCAGAGGCUGUAUGCAUUGCCAUUAGGUGAAUUAGAUGCAGAAUGUUCCCAAAAUGUCCUACAAAAGUUCCAGGUUGCGAAAGAAGAUAAGGUGUGCAGAAGAUGCAGAACCAAUAUCAUAUCUUACAUCGAGAGAGAAAAACGUCAGACGCCAUUAUUGUCUCCACCUACAAUUCCUUCCACACCAAACGUACAAAAAUCCUUCUCUUCGGGAAGACCACGCGUGAGAUAUUCAGAGGCAAGUGCGGCGACAAAAAGGCGAAUGAAGGCGUCGGCAAAAAAUAUGUUGUCCGGGGUGAUACGCGACUGUGAUGAUAUUUCUCGUGGCGAAGGAGUACAGCUAGUACAAGAUGCUAUGGGAAACACGGCUCUUAAGAAGGACACUUCCGAGAAAGAAAACAACAUUAAUGUUCAGAAUAUAUUUGAAGGCAUAUCGGACACAUACGAAAAAGAGAGCCAUGGCCCUGCAGGAAAGAUCAGAUUACUAAGCUCGAUUGCACCGCAUUUUAAAAAUAAAGAAAUAAAAAAAGCAAUCCCUUGCACGGACUACGAGUUAACGGAAGCCCGAAAGCAUGCUCAGUUAUAUGGUCCAGGAGCUACACCUCCCCCCGCAGAGAAGGUCAAGAGAUAUCGAAUUCCACCAGAAGAUCUUGCCUUCGUUUUGAAUUUCAUCCACCAUCCAGACAACACUUGUCGAUCAUCCCACAGAAUGGCGUCAUGUGAAGGAUCAAAGUCGUCUUGGAUCUCCGACAUGUUUGAAAACGAUCAACAACCUGUAAUGUGGCUAAAGGAUGGACAACUUCAUUUGUACAAGAAAUAUAGAGAAGAGUGCGAGAAAGAAGGAAGAAAGCCAAUAUCCGAAUCGAAGUUUCGUGAUGGAUUGAGCGCCGGAAAUUUUAAAGAGAUGGCUAGAAUGACUGGAUUGUGCAACAUUUGCGACGAGGUUGGCGCUCAAAAUUGGAAGAAGUUGUUCGAAUUGAUUGAGAUGCUUGGGAAAGAGAUCAAUGGGGAUACAACCAGUGUUGAGGACGAGCAAGAAGAUGAGUUUGAAGACGAAGACAUUGACCAGACAACAGUUACAAUGAUUGAUAUAACCGAUCAAGAUGACAAAUACAAGCAACACAACCCUCUUCCAGUUGAUUGCCCCGUACUAAUGGUCGAAGUUAAUCCACACAUAGAUCAACUCGACAAUUUAGUGAAGAAAUGCAAGAUCCUUAAAGGACAUCUCCUGUCAAAAUUUUCAUCCGAGCUUCAGCAACAUUCUGCAUGUCCCUUCCACUGUAUGGAACUGCUACUUAACGAAAAAUCAUCUUGCAAAAACCACCACGAAAUUUGUCAAGAGUGUAUUCAGAGGUUCACGCUUUUUGACGACCUGUUAGCAACCAUAAAUGUAAGUUCUCUCAACGCCACGCGCAAAAAAUACUACCGAGAGAAAUUUAUCAUUUUGCAAAGAAAUUUAGAUCUGUACAUCGCUCAUCUUGUUCGUGGUAAGCACCAAAGAACACAGUUUAUGAAAGAUAUCGAAGAACUUAAACCUGGACAUGCAUUAGUCGUAUGCGACUACAUGAUGAAACUCCUGUUAGAGAAAUUUAGAGAACCACAACGAGAUUGGUAUGGUAAGAAAGGUGUUUCAGUCCACGGAAGUAUGUUUUUCAUCAAGACAAAAGAAUCAGGAGAGGACAUAAUGGUGGAAAUACACGACGUAUUUUCAAACGGUGAUUGCACACAAAACUGGUAUUUCUCAGCAAGCGCUUUUGAGGCCACUUUUAAAAAUUUUUCUGCAAGGCAUGAGGAUGUUACAUCACUCGUCAUAUGGUCAGAUAACGGACCACAUUAUCACAACACCUCUAUUAUUUUCUGGUUAAGCCGUGCUUCAGAGCUUUGGAACAUGGACAUUGUGCGAUAUUCGUUCUUUGAAGCCCAAAAAGGGAAAACGUCCCUUGAUUCGCAUUUUGCAACAUUUAAAUUUGCGUUGAAAUCUUGGAUGAAAAAGGGUAACGACUUACUAGACAGUGCAGACAUUGUUGAUGGAACGACAGAUAACUUAAAAGGAACGCAUGUGUACGAAAUACACAUCAACAGAUAUAACGAGCCACAAAGCGCAAAAACUCUGGACGGAAUAACAUCAUUUUCAGAUUUUACCUUUGUCAAAAGUCCAAAAGAAACACACAAAUCGGUUGUUGCAAGAGAAUUGACUGAUACGGGUACAACAAUGACAAUAAUUCCUAAAAAAAUUUCAAAGUUAUGGCCGUCGUACAUAAUAACAAGCUCUUCCUUGUCAACUGGAGUUACUUCAGAAUACGACCAAAAACUAUCAGAGAAUGUCAAACCAAGAUACAAUACAACAACACCCAAGAAGAAAAAAACAUCCGGCUUGAAAGAAACCAACAGAGGGAUGGUGCAAAGUAAUGCAAAUAAAACAAAGCAAUCAUCAAGCAGAUGUCCUAAAUGCCAAAAGUUCUUUCUUCGCAGAGGAUGUAUGUUAAAACAUGUUGCUUCAUGCACAGAUGCUAAAGAAUCCAAAUGGAAAACAUUGGACGAACUAAAAACUUCGUUCCCUCUGGUACAAGCAAUGGGGCUUCUUAACAGUGCAAGAGCUUUGAAUGUCAGGAAUUUGAUCAGCAACAAGGAUAAUAACGAAACUGAACCAAAUCCUCUCUGGUGUUAUCUGUUAAAAGGUAGUGGUAAGAAAGUGAAAGUUGGAAAACGUAAUUGUUUUACUGAACAACAAAAAGAAAUCAUGAAAGAUUGCUUUGAUGUUGGUGAAAAGGAUAAAAGAAAACGUUUUACCACCCAGUCCUGUCAAAGAUUAAUGGAGGAAAAAAUAGGAAAGGAACUUACUCUUAGCACACGCCAAAUCGCUAGUUUUUGGAGUAAUUACAAAAGAAAAAAAAACACUUAA